CCUAAACUUAAUUGUUUUUAAUAUUUUAUUUCAUUUUUAGUUUUGAAUACGAGAGGGGAAAAUAUUAAAAUAACACCUUAAGAUAUGUCCGAAACAUUUCAAAUCUUGUUCAGAAUCAAACAACAAAAAUUCGGUGUCCAGUCAAAGUCAACGCUGGUGGGCAUAUCGACUCUGAUGAAUGGGGAAUCUGAAAGAGAUGAUGAGAUCGGAGACGGCGACCCUCGUCCUGGUCAAUCUCGCUGGAAUCAUGGAGCGGGCCGACGAGUCCCUGCUGCCGGGGGUCUAUAAGGAGGUCGGCGCCGCCCUCCACGCCGACCCCACUCGCCUCGGCUCCCUCACCCUCUUCAGAUCCAUCGUCCAGUCCUCCUGCUACCCGCUCGCCGCCUACCUCGCCGUCCGCCACAAUCGGGCCCACGUCAUCGCCGCCGGCGCCUUCCUCUGGGCCGCCGCUACCUUCCUCGUCGCCUUCUCCUCAACAUUCGCCGAGGUUGCAAUAUCGCGUGGACUGAACGGUAUCGGUCUAGCCAUCGUGACCCCGGCCAUCCAAUCCCUCGUGGCCGACUCCACCGACGACACCAACCGCGGGACCGCCUUCGGCUGGCUCCAACUCACCGGAAACCUCGGCUCCAUCAUCGGCGGCCUCAUCUCUGUCCUCCUCGCCUCCACCUCCUUCCUCGGCGUGCCAGGCUGGCGCCUCGCCUUCCACCUCGUCGGCCUACUCAGCGUCCUCAUUGGCAUUCUUGUCCGCCUCUUCGCCACCGACCCCCGAGGAGCACCCGAUAAUCUCACCCACCACCAAACCCCUAAUAAAACCACCUUUCGUGACGAGGUUAAGGGUUUGAUAAAGGAGGCAAGGGACGUGAUCCGAGUCCCGACUUUCCAAAUACUCGUGGCCCAGGGAGUGUCAGGCUCCUUCCCUUGGUCCUCCAUGUCGUUCGUGCCCAUGUGGCUCGAGCUCAUGGGCUUCUCGCACGGGACCACGGCAGUUAUUCUCACCGUGUUCAGUGUGGCGGGUUCGUUAGGGGGAUUGUUCGGCGGGAAGAUGGGGGACGUGUUGGCCGUGCGGCUGCCCAAUGCCGGGAGGAUUAUUAUGUCUCAGGUGAGCUCGGGAUCGGCCAUCCCGCUCGCGGCCAUUCUGCUGCUCGGAUUGCCGGACGACCCGUCGACGGCGUGGGCCCACGGGUUCGUGUUCUUCGUGCUCGGGCUUUUCGCGUCGUGGAAUGCGCCGGCUACGAACAACCCGAUAUUUGCAGAGAUAGUCCCCAAGCGGUCCCGGACGAGCAUCUACGCCCUGGACAGGUCGUUUGAGUCCGUACUGGCCUCGUUCGCACCCCCAGUCGUCGGGUUUUUGGCCCAGCACGCGUACGGCUUCAAACCCCCUUACAAAGACUCGGACGGCUCUAAAAGAAUCGAUGCCGACCGAGAAAACGCAAAGUCGCUCGGGAAAGCUCUCUACACGGCAAUUGGCAUACCCAUGGCAAUAUGCUGUGUUUUCUACUCUUUUCUCUACUGCACGUACCCUCGCGACAGGGAUAGAGCGAAAAUGGAGGCUCUGAUCGAAUCCGAGAUGCGAGAGAUCGAAAGUAAUGGCUCGGAUUUAGUGCUAGGGUCUUACGGAAAGGAAGAGAGUGCAAUAGAUAUGGACUAUAAUGAGAGGGACAAUUUCGAUGAGAAUGACAAACGAAGGUUGCUGACAUCAUCGGAUGCAGGUAAAUUGUAGUACAAGUGAUUCGAGGUGUUUGAAGGUACAUUAUGUUGUAUGGAGAAUUUUACAGAAAGUAGAAAGUACCCUUGUAGUUAUGACUUAUAGAAGGGAAUUGAAAGCAAUUGCACUUGGCUAAUUUUUAGAAUUACGAAUGGCCCCUGUAUACGGGCUUUUUUUUUUUUUCUUCUUUUNUUUCGGAGAGGGAUGUUUGUAGUUUAUAAUUGAUACAUUGGUUGUUUCAUAUAUGACGAACUACACUACAUAUCGGGAGUAAUUCUGUUAUUUA